AUGUUCUCUGCCCAUCCGGACCUGCAUGAGGUCGACACCAUCCUCUCACACCGUGACACUUCGGUUGGCCGUGAAUACCUCAUUCACUGGCGCAACACAUCUGCAUCUGAAGAUUCAUGGGAGCCAUUCUCCAACCUCAGCCAUGCUCCUCGUGCCAUUGGAGUGUAUCUUGCCUCAUUGGCACCGAGGACGGUGCCUUCAGGGAGGGGAGGUAAUGUAACAAGUGGGGGCUGCACUGGAGGCAGCGUGAAGCGCACGGGAGGCGAAAGCAUGCAGCAGCAGCGUGCAACUGCGAACGUGGGCAGCAAAGGGGCGGAAGUGAGCAGGACGUGGGGGAUCCACCUCUGCACCUGCUUCUACUGUACUGGUUUCUGGACCGCGGACUCCCACCCGUACGGGGCGGGCGCACUGUUCACCCAAGCAGAGGAUGCUGAUGUGGUAGAGGUGCAUGGGAUGUUCACCCAGGCUGAGGCUGAGGUGCAUGGGAUGUUCACCCAGGCUGAGGUGCAUGGGAUGUUCACCCAGGCUGAGGUGCAUGGGAUGUUCACCCAGGCUGAGGUGCAUGGGAUGUUCACCCAGGCUGAGGCUGAGGUGCAUGGGAUGUUCACUCAGGCUGAGGUGCAUGGGAUGUUCACCCAGGCUGAGGUGCAUGGGAUGUUCACCCAGGCUGAGGUGCAUGGGAUGUUCACCCAGGCUGAGGCUGAGGUGCAUGGGAUCCUGCAGGCGAAGCUGGGCAAGGCUGCUGGGUGUUGGGAGUCUGGGACAAGCAAAGGGAGAAUUGGAGGUGCGUUUUCAGUGAUUUUCUUCCUUAAGAGCAAGCAGAGGGCGAAGGAUGCGUGUGGUGAGAAGGGCGUGGGCUCAACACGAGUCACCAGCAGGAUCCAGGGGGCUGUGAAGCUGGUUGAGGGGCAGGGAGCAGAGAGAGCUAGGAGGAGCAGCGAGGGCUAG